UUUUGUUCAUUUCACUUGUCUUCUAAUUUGCAACAGAUGUGGCCCAACUUAAAUUAUUAUGAAUUAUUAGGCUUGCCGAUCAACAUCUGCUUCCAGUUACGAUUCACACUUGGAUGAGCCAACAAGAUGCGGUUAUCUACGGCUUUGCUCUUCGUUCUAAUUACAACUAUGCACAGGCUGGAAGAUUCAGACGCAGCCGCAGUUGCAGUCAGAUCGAUGAGAGAGAAGAUCACGGAACAGCAGUUGAUGCUGAUCCGCAAUGCACAGGAGCAGCAACAGCGCAGCCUGCUGAAUGUGGAAUUCAAGUUAAAUCAAGUCAUCAGUAAACUGGUAAUUUUUACACACACUAACCAAGACGACUCUCUGAAGGAGUUGUCUGGAAAAUUAAGUACGGCCCUGGAACGUGUCAGGCAACUACAGUUAAGUUUUCAAUGGAAGAGCGAGCAGGCUAAAAGAAUGGAAGAAAUGCACUCAAUGCUGGCGCUGCUGGUGACCAAAAGUCAAACCACUCGGGAAGAGGAGAAACAUAACGGAAAUGGCGCAUUGGAUAUGACAAGGGAGCAAAUGUCAAAGAUUAAAGUGGCAAAUAAAAGCAAUGAAGCAAACGUGGAGUAUUUGCAGGCCGGUAAAGCGGACUGCGCCGAGCUGGAUGAGCACCAGCGUGUAGAUGGUGUUUACAAAUUUCUGGAGCCCGAGCUGAAUGAGAAGCAGCGCGAUUUGAAUGAACGAUAUUGUGCUUUUGCCACAACUGGGGCAGCAUGGACGGUAAUACAGCGACGCACGGAGCAGCUGGGGCAUUUCAAUCGCAGUUGGGAUGAGUAUCGAGCAGGUUUUGGCAGCUUGGAAAGAGAUUUUUGGUUUGGCAACGAGUUCAUUCACCGACUUGUAUAUCGCGACGAUUACGAGCUGCGCAUCGAGCUGCAGGAUCACCUCGAUGUUACGGUGUGGGCCGAAUAUGGAAUAUUUCGGCUGGAUAGCGAAAGUUACAACUAUCAAUUGGUUAUUGGCAAACUUAAUGAAAAUAGCAGCACGUCUGAUGCUCUCAGUUACCACAAUCGCAUGGAUUUCAAGUCCAGCGACUGGAAUGGUGACUGCUCUGGAUGGUGGUUUGAUCACUGCCUAGAAGCUCAAUCCAAUUUAAAUGGUCAGCGUAUUAUAUGGGGAAACUGGCACAACGAAUAUUUGGUGAAAGCAUCGCGUAUGUUGAUACGGCCGCGCAACUUUAAUUCGUUAAAUACCGACAAUGAUUAUGACGAGGAUUCCCCGUAUAGCUUUUAGUUUCAAAAAUAGUGUCAGCGACAUUAAAAAAUAGGAUUAAGCAAUUGUAUCUCGUCGUACGUACUGGAAUAUUGCUACAAAUAAACGUUACCGCCAAGUUGUUACUAUUGCUGAACGCAUCCGCAGCAACGUAGUGUCGAUGUCUUUCAGUAGAUUUUGGUAUUUGGUCACACUAGUUUUAAAUAUUUAAUAGGGAUUGAAAGCAUAAUAAAAUUGCCUAAACUAACAGGUCA